UUUGGUCGGGUUUUCAAAUCAACCUGGCAACACCGCGCGGUACUAGGAAACGAAAGGUAUAACGAAAGGGACUAUUGACUGCGCCCGUGGCGUUCGCGUCGUUCGUAACUGAACUUCUUUCCAACGCUUAGCCUUCUGCAAGUCAGUGGAGCUCGUGGUAUCGUUCACGAAUCAGUGAACGAACUGAAAUUCCCUGGGAGACGUUCAUGCUCACUCUACCAUGACUGCACCAAGUAACAAAGUCUAUGCUGAGGAUAACCUACAUGGGCCUCCAGCGUAUGCCAUUGAUCUACAGCCUGGCAGGAAUGAGGUCAAUCCUGCUGCUAUGGGCACUGCUGUUCCUGUGCCACCUGGCAUGGCCACUGCUGUCCCCGUGCCGCCAGGCUACGUGCCCCCGCAGGCACCUGUGAUGAUGCCGGUCCCUCAGAGACCCCCUGGCUGUCCACCGGGCCUGGAGUACCUGACUCAGAUUGACCAAUUGCUCGUGAAACAGAAAGUGGAACUUGCUGAAGUCAUCCUGGGAUGGGAGACGAACAACAAGUACGACAUCAAGAACAGCCUGGGGCAGCAGGUGUUCUACGCGGCCGAGGAAACGGACUGCAUGACCCGGCAGUGCUGCGGGCCCCUGCGCCCCUUCGUCCUGCACAUCCAGGACAACUUGGGCCAGGAGGUCAUCACGGUGACGCGCCCGCUGAGGUGCGGCAGCUGCUGCUGCCCCUGCUGCCUGCAGGAGUUGGAAGUCCAGUCUCCGCCCGGCAACCCCAUUGGAUACGUCGUUCAAGACUGGCAUGUUUUCCUUCCCAAAUACACCAUUCAGAAUGAAAGGAAGGAGCCAGUUCUAAAGAUCGUGGGACCGUUCUGUUCCUGUAAAUGCUGCUCAGAUGUAAACUUUGAGGUCAAGUCUUUGGAUGAAACCGCAAUGGUUGGCACGAUCUCCAAACAGUGGACGGGAUUUCUACGAGAGGCGUACACCGACGCCGACAAUUUCGGCAUCAAGUUUCCCAUGGACUUGGACGUUAAAAUCAAAGCCGUCAUGCUAGGAGCGUGCUUCCUCAUCGACUUCAUGUUCUUCGAGCAUUCAAAAUGAUGGGACACGUGACUGUCAAGAUGUGAGCGCAUAACUGGAUGAGGGCGACUAUUCCGACACUUGUAAUGAUUACCAGAUGAAGUACCUCAGGGCACUGAAUCCUUUUCUACUUGCAACUUUUAAUUACUCAGUAGAACUGCACCAUUUGAUAUGGACAUACUUGUUUUUCUGUGAUUGAAUAUUGCUUUUGAUAUUUCUUUUAAUGCUGCACUUGGUAUUUUUUAAAGAUAGAGUAUUUGUGGCUUUCUGUUAAAAUGAAGGUAAAUGUUUAAAUGUGAACAAAUAUGAUGAAAGUCACCUUGUAUUUAUGUCAUGUGAGUGAAUAUAUAUAUUUUUUUUUGUUGAGGUGUAAUUAAUUACAUUUCUAAUAAAGGAAAAUGAAUCCAUA